AUGUUUCACCAGAUCUUCAUACGUAAGGCAGAUCGCCACUCGCAGCGGUUCCUUUUCCGGGAGAAUCCGAGAGAUGCCCCGGAAAUUUAUCUAAUGAACGUUGCGAUAUUCGGCUCAACUUGCUCUCCAGCAUCGGCUCAAUAUGUCAAAAACAAGAACGCUAACGAAUUUAAGGAGCUGUACCCUCGAGCAGUGAACGAAAUAGUUCAGAAUCAUUACGUAGAUGAUUCUAUAGAGAGUUACGAAAGUGUAGAAGAGGCGAUAAAGGUGUCCGCUGAAAUGCGUUCAAUUCAUAAGCAUGGUGGAUUUGAGUUAUGGAAUUGGCUGUCGAAUAGUAACCAAGUCUUGAUCGGUUUGGGAGAACCAUUGCCUCAACGUAUUAAGAAAUUUACACCAGAUAAGACGAGUGACUAUGAUCGUGUCAUUGGAAUGCUGUGGUCAACUCAUGAGGACGUCUUCAGUUUCUCAAUUGAGAUGAAGCCAGAAAUUGAAGCGCUGAUCCGUAGAAAUGAGCGACCCACGAAAAGACAGAUGUUAAGAAUAGGAGAAUUGCUGACAUUAACGGAUGUGGAAAACUGGCGUUGGGUUCCCUCAAAGCAGAAUCCGGCUGAUAUUGCGACCAAGUGGGGAAAAGGUCCCAACGUGGUUACAAAUAGCGUUUGGUUCACGGGCCCUGUAUUUCUACUGCUUACGGAAACGGAAUGGCCGAAGCAAGUGACUCUCUCGUCACCCACAGAAGAAGAGCUCCGUCCUUGCUAUUCUCACAAGUCAGUACAAUUUCCAACACGAAUCGUGGAGCUCGAACGCUUUUCGCAAUUAAAUAGAGCUAUCCGAGCCGUCGCUAACGUUUAUCGUUUCGUCGAAAUCCUGAAGCAGCGUACCAGCGGUCAGAAACCAUCGGCAGGCCCGCUGACGUCUGAGGAACUACAGAAGGCUGAGCGCCACCUUAUUCGAGAGACACAGUGGCAAAGCUUUCCGGACGAGAUGGUGGUAUUGUCCCGCUACAAGCUAAAGCCGGUGGAUGAGCAGAUUUCUAUUGGAAAAAGCAGCAAUAUUUAUCAGUUAUGUCCAACCUUGGACGAAAACGGCAUUAUUCGCGUUGAUGGUAGGAUCGGAGAAGCUCCAAACUUGAAGAAUGAGGUAAAGUUCCCAGUGAUCCUCCCGAACAAGCAUCCGUUUACCGUUCUGUUAGUUGAUAGCUACCACCGAAGGUACAGACACUGUAACCCGGAGACCAUCGUGAACAAGAUACGCCAACGGUAUUACAUUCCGACACUUAGGAUAGCGGUGAGAAGAGCAGCCAAAGCUUGUCAAUGGUGUCGAAUCUACAAGGCUUCGCCAAAGGUUCCCCGAAUGGCGCCGCUACCACUUGCUAGGAUGGCGUCGUUCGUGCGACCGUUCACAUACGUCGGAAUAGAUUUCUUUGGGCCGUUGGCUGUGAAAGUGGGGAGAAGUAAUGCAAAACGAUGGGUAGCCGUGUUUACGUGCCUGACAGUGCGCGCAGUUCACGUUGAAGUUACUCACAACCUUACUACGGAAUCCUGCAUCAAAUGUAUUCGCCGGUUCAUCUGUCGUCGAGGUUCUCCGGCCGAAAUAUAUUCCGACAACGGAACAAACUUCCAAGGGGCCGCAAGACUGCUGAAAGAACAGAUCGACCAGCUAGCUGUUACGUUCACUUGUAUCGAUACGAAGUGGAUAUUCAACCCACCGGGAACUCCCCAUAUGGGCGGCGCAUGGGAACGGAUGGUACGCUCCAUCAAAACGGCUGUGGAGCUGGCAUACAAUAAUAACCGUAGACUGGAUGACGAAGCGCUCGAAACAUUCAUAGUGGAGGCUGUAGCAAUCGUGAAUAGUCGUCCACUAACAUAUCUAACGCUUGCAUCUGAAGAACACGAAGCUCUCACACCAAACCAUUUCCUUUUGGGCAAUUCAAGUGGCGUUCGCCAGCCGGCGAUGGAGACUACCGCAUCAACUCGACGUAUUCUGGAGAAGGUGGACAAGGGAGUAUCUCCCUACGCUGACCAAACGGCCGAAAUGGUGCGGCGAAGCAAAACCAGUAACAGAAGGGGAGCUGGUGUUGGUAGUUGGCGACGGCAGAAGAAAUGA